AAGACCUGCAACUCCUUGGAAGACGCGGCCGAGGCGCCCCAGAAAGCUUCCCUCCGCACCACACCACACGCGCCUCCCCGCGGCCAGGAACAGCUGCUGUUCCUUCGGAAGACGUCAAGGACAGCGGCGGCCGGCGCUUCUUCUCAUAGCUUGAAGGCAACACCUUCACCAGUAAGGCAAUAGCAUAAUAUCCGGCGGCCUUCUUCCUGGUGUGAGCUAUCUUUGCAGAAACCAAUAAUUCAGUUUCAUUCAUGGGCUCCUCAAGUCAUCAAAAAGGCAGAAUGCGUACCAAAAAGCCCUUGGGAAUUCAACUUUUUGAGUGUGUCUGGAGAAGUCCUAUCUCCUUCAGAUCAUGCCAGGCUCUUGUAUUAGUAUUGACGUUCUUAUCAUAUGCCAGCUACCAUGCCACUAGAAAAACUACAAGCAUUGUUAAGAGUGUUCUUGAUCCUAAGACAAACCUAGGUAUAUUGCACUGGCCCAGUCAUCUCUAUCUUCAAAAUUUGAAAGGCGCUGAGAACAAUACAACUCUCUCUAGUGGCUGGGCUCCAUUCAACGCCAAAGAUGGCACUGCAUUGCUUGGCGAGAUUGACUUGGCUUUUCUUGGUGUAUAUGCAAUUGGCAUGUUCUUUGCUGGGCAUUUGGGCGACCGGGUGGAUCUGAGGAUCCUGCUGACUAUCGGAAUGAUAGGAACUGGAUUGUUCACUGCUGCUUUCGGAGCCGGCUACUGGUUCAAUAUACACAGCUUCUACUACUUUCUGGGCAUGCAGAUGAUGGCUGGCCUGUUUCAGUCAUCUGGAUGGCCUUCAGUAGUUGCAGUGGUUGGCAAUUGGUUUGGAAAGAGCAAGAGGGGGCUGAUAAUGGGAAUUUGGAAUGCUCACACUUCUGUAGGAAACAUAUCUGGCUCUCUGAUUGCUGCUGCAAUGUUGAAGUAUGGAUGGUCUUGGUCCUUUGCUGUGCCCGGUAUCAUGAUCGCACUAGUCGGGCUCACAGUGUUUCUGUUUUUGCCUGUUAGUCCUGAUGUGAUUGGAAUUCAGGAGGAUCUCCAUUUGAAGGACUCUGAAAAGACUGAUAUGGACACCCCUUUGUUGGAAAGGCGCUCGGAAGCAAAAGACAAGGCGGUUGGAUUUAUUGAGGCGUGGAGAAUUCCUGGUGUAGCUCCUUUCGCUCUCUGCCUUUUCUUCUGCAAGCUUGUGGCCUAUACGUUCCUGUAUUGGCUUCCCUUUUAUAUCAGCCACACAGCCAUUGGCGGUCAAUACUUGUCAGACUCCUCCGCUGGGGUAUUGUCAACUCUGUUCGAUGUGGGUGGCGUUGUCGGCGGCAUCCUCGCCGGCCACAUCUCCGACCACCUGGACGCCCGGGCGCUGACGGCCGCGAGCUUCACCUUCUCCGCGAUCCCGGCGCUCUUCUUCUACCGCAUCUACGGGAGCGUCUCGCUGACGUGGAACAUCGCGCUCAUGUUCAUCACGGGGAUGCUGGUGAACGGCCCCUACGCGCUGAUCACGACGGCCGUGUCCGCCGACCUCGGCACGCACAGCUCCCUGAACGGCAACUCCCGGGCGCUGGCCACCGUGACGGCGAUCAUCGACGGCACGGGCUCCAUCGGCGCGGCGGUGGGCCCGCUGCUGACGGGGUACAUCUCCUCCAGGAGCUGGAGCGCCGUGUUCACGAUGCUGAUGGCGUCGGCGCUCGUGGCGGGGCUGCUGCUGACGAGGCUGGUGGUGGCGGAGGUGGUCGCCAAGAUGGAGUCCCGGAGGGCGCCCGCCCCCGCUGCCAGCGACCUGCCCGUGUCCACCGCCACCAUGGACGAACCUUAGGCUAUCGUGGAGACGGCUGGGCUGCGUUUCCGUGGAGAGCUGGAAUGGCGGCGGGAGACUGGGAGAGCAGACCACCUCUGAUUUGAAGAACUGUGGGAUCUUGCUCCUGGUGUGUCGUGGUUGUUGUGCGUCAUGGUAUAUGUAUAUGGAAUGACUUACUGUGGUCGCCGAUGAGGAUGAAAUGUGGUCGGGCUGCUGCGCGGGGAGUUUGCAUCUCUGCUGCUCUUUUGUUGGAGCUGCACUGAACAUCCACCGGCCACAGUCACACGAUCUUUCUAUAAGCAAAUGCAACUCCAGAAAUGAGUGCAGCUGGUUCAGUUCAUCCAA